UGUUGCGAUAGUCCAAAGAGUCAUUGAAAUGGACUAUCAGAGAACAAUCUUCCUGCCAUUUGUAAUAGUCUUCCUCUUAGACAAUGGUUUGACACUAUUAGAUCUCCUGGUUGGAUAUGCACAGGUUCCUGUGCUCACCCUCAGAGCCUGAAUUGGAUGCAGAAGGUCUCUGUGCUCCUCUUCUUAGCCUGGGUCUGUUUUCUUUUCUACGCUGGCAUUGCACUCUUCACCAGUGGCUUCCUUCUCACCCGUUUGGAGCUCACCAAUCAAAGCAGCUGCCAAGAGCCCCCAGGCCCUGGUUCUCUGCCAUGGGGAAGUCAAGGAAAGCCUGGAGCCUGCUGGAUGCCUUCCCGGUUCUCCAGGGUGGUUUUGGUGCUGAUAGAUGCUCUGCGGUUUGACUUUGCCCAGCCUCAGCGCUCACAUGUGCCUGGAGAACCUCCUGUCUCUGUGCCUUUUCUGGGAAAACUAGGUUCCUUGCAGAGGAUCUUAGAGACUCAACCCCACCAUGCCCGGCUGUACCGAUCCCAGGUGGAUCCCCCCACAACCACCAUGCAGCGUCUAAAGGCUCUCACCACUGGCUCACUGCCUACUUUUAUUGAUGCUGGCAGUAACUUUGCCAGCUAUGCUAUAGUGGAAGAUAAUCUCAUCAAGCAGCUCACCAGUGCAGGAAGGCGUGUAGUCUUCAUGGGAGAUGAUACCUGGAAAGACCUUUUCCCCGGAGCGUUUUCCCAAGCUUUCUUCUUCUCAUCCUUCAAUGUCAGAGACCUACACACAGUGGAUAAUGGCAUCUUAGAACACCUCUAUCCUACCAUGGACAGUGGUGCGUGGGAUGUGCUGAUCGCUCACUUCCUGGGUGUGGAUCAUUGUGGUCACAAGCAUGGCCCUGACCACCCUGAAAUGGCCAAGAAACUUAGCCAGAUGGACCAGGUGAUACAGGAACUUAUAGGACGCCUGGAGAAUGACACACUGCUGGUGGUAGCUGGUGACCAUGGGAUGACCAUGAAUGGGGACCAUGGAGGGGACAGUGAGCUGGAGGUGUCAGCUGCACUCUUCUUGUACAGCCCCACAGCCCUCUUCCCUAGUGUCCCACCCGAGGAGCCAGAGGUUAUUCCUCAGGUCAGCCUUGUGCCCACGCUGGCCCUGCUGCUAGGGCUGCCCAUCCCGUUUGGGAACACUGGGGAAGUGAUGGCUGAGCUAUUCUCAGGUGGCGAUGACUCCUCCCGUCCUUACUCCUCUGCUCUGGCCCAAGCCUCGGCUCUCCACAUCAAUGCCCAGCAGGUGUCCCGGUUUCUUCAUACCUACUCAGCUUCAACACAGGAUCUCCAAGUUAAAGAGCUCCGUCGGCUGCAGAAGCUCUUCUCCAAGGCCUCUGCGAGUUACCAGCACCUUCUGCAAGAUCCCCAAGCCGCCGAGGCCUCGCUGAGCACGCUGACUGCUGAGUUCCAGCAGUUCCUGCGGGGAGCUCGGGCCCUAUGCAUCGAGUCUUGGGCCCGCUUCUCUCUGGUCCGAAUGGCAGGGGGUGCUACUCUCUUGGCUGCUGCCUGCCUUCUCUGCCUGCUUGCAUCCCAGUUGGCAAUAGCCCCAGGCUUUCUCUUCCGCCCACUACUGCUAAUACCUGUAGCCUGGGGCCUAACUUGGACCAUAUUGUAUGCUGGAGUCUCUGUAACUACUGGGUCAAAGCUAGACUCAGUGGUUCUGGGGGCUGUGGCUGCAGCCAGUUCACUCCUCCCCUUUCUGUGGAAAGCCUGGGUUAUCUGGGAGUCUAAGAGGCCCCUGGCUCCCCUACUUCCUGUCCCUAGACCUGUCCUAGCUCUACUGCUCAUCCGCUUGGCCACCUUCUUCUCUGACAGCUUUGUUGUUGCUGAGGCCAGGGCCACCCCCUUCCUUCUGGGCUCUCUCAUUCUCUUCCUGGUUGCUCAGCUUCACUGGGAGGGUCAGCUACUGCCACCCAAACUGCUCACAAUAUCCCGCUUUGGCUCUUCCGCCCCAACAGCGCCCCCACGGCACAGUGGCACACACGCCCUGUGGCUUGGAAUUGGGUUGCUUUUAUUUACAAGGCUAGCCGGGCUUUUUCACCGCUGCCCUGAAGAGACACCUGCUUGUCGCUCCUCUCCCUGGCUGAGUCCUCUGGCAUCUAUGGUAGGAGGUCGAGCCAAGAAUUUGUGGUACGGAGCUUGCGUGGGGGCACUGGUGGCCCUGUUAGUCGUCGUGCGCUUGUGGCUUCGCUGCUAUGGUAAUCUCAAGAGUCCUGAGCCCCCUGUGCUCUUUGUGCGCUGGGGUUUGCCUCUCAUGGUACUGGGCACGGCGGCCUACUGGGCACUGGCGUCAGGAGCAGAGGAAGCACCACCACGCCUCCGGGCCCUGGUUGCCGGGGCAUCAGCUGUGCUGCCUCGGGCUGUGAUGGGGCUGGCUGCCUCGGGGCUCAUGCUGCUGCUAUGGAGGCCUGUGACAGUGCUGGUGAAGUCUGGGGCUGCUACUUCAAGGACCAGGACUAUCCUCACUCCCUUCUCAGGUCCCCCUACUUCUCAGGCUGACCUAGAUUAUGUGGUCCCACAAAUCUACCGCCACAUGCAGGCGGAGCUCCAGGGCCGGCUGGAGAGGACUAAAGCUCAGGGUCCCAUAACCGUGGCUGCCUAUCAAUUGGGAAGUGUCUACUCAGCUGCUAUGGUCACAGCCCUCAUCCUCUUGGCCUUCCCACUUCUGCUGUUGCAUGUAGAGCGUGUCAGCAUCGUGUUCCUGCUCCUGUUUCUGCAGAGCUUCCUGCUCCUGCAUCUGCUCGCUGCUGGGACUCCAGUUGCUACCCCUGGUCCUUUUACUGUACUGUGGCAGGCAGUCUCAGCUUGGGUCCUUUUGGCUACCCAGACCUUCUACUCCACAGGCCACCAGCCCGUCUUUUCAGCCAUCCAUUGGCACGCAGCCUUCGUGGGUUUCCCAGACGGCCAUGGCUCUUCUACUUGGCUGCCUGCCUUACUAGUGGGAGCUAACACCUUUGCCUCUCACCUCCUCUUUGCAGUAGGUUGCCCACUGCUCCUGCUCUGGCCCUUCCUAUGUGAGCGUCAAGGGCCAAAGAGGAGGCAGCCACUCCUGGGAAGUGAGUCUGAGGCCAGAGUCAGGCCCGAGGAAGAGCAAGAGGAGCCACUGAUGGAGAUGCGCCUCCGGGACGCUCCGCAUCACUUCAAUGCAGCCCUGUUGCAGCUGGGCCUCAAGUACCUCUUUAUCCUUGGAGCUCAGAUUCUCGCCUGUGCCUUGGCAGCUUCCAUCCUCCGAAGACAUCUCAUGGUCUGGAAGGUAUUUGCUCCCAAGUUCAUUUUUGAAGCCGUAGGUUUCAUGGUGAGCAGUGUGGGACUUCUCCUGGGCAUAGCACUGGUGAUGCGAGUGGAUGGCGCUGUGAGUUCCUGGUUCAAAAAACUAGUUCUAGCCCAACAGAGGUAGCCCAGGCUGUGCAGGUUGGCACCUGGCCAUGGAGAGAGCCGGGGACUAAUCCGGCCCAACCUGUACUGGUGCUGGAUAUUCUGCAAGAGACUCCGACACACCUCUUAAACCACCCUGUAAACUCUGGGACUUUAUUAUUUUAUAACUGAGAAUCACCUGGAGCCUGAGCCCUAGCCUCCUGAGUUGGAUGUAUCUGACAGACGACAGGGGCAGUCACCAAAGUGGAAUAAAAGAACAAUGUGAGUGUUUGUA